AUGAAAGCGCUUGCAGGCCUCUUUUGGGCCAGCGCUGCCUUUGAAGCAUACACUGUCGCAGGAGGGGCCCUUGUAUACACUUCUGAAUCUUGGUCACACCAAGCGGUAGCGGAGCCGCCUUCCAUAUCUCCUCAUACAGCACGACUACUACUCGCUCAGCGAUUAGGAUUGUCUCAGUAUCACAGCCUCCAAAAUGCCGACGAGUCGACUCUCGCUAUCCUAAACACAUACGGAGGGGAAAAACGACAUAUCUUUGCGCGUGAGGAAAAGUCCCAAGGCGCUGAGAAGCUCCUGCUUGUUGUGGAGGGCGUUGACGAAGAUGUCUUCGGUCAAUCAGUUGUUCCUGCCUUCAAGAUAGACCCGCAACCUUCAAGUUUACAAAACCUGGAACUGGCUAUUGAUUUGCUUAAUCAAGACCGGGAAAGCAAGCACAAGGGGCAGAACCCAUGUUACUUUGAGGUUCCAGGACUCUCGUCCCUUCGAGGUGGACUCAGUAGCCUUCGCCUGGAAAGUCGUGAUUGCGAGGGUUGGUAUAACAGUUUGAAUCAUGACGACAGUGGAGCAUUGCGACAACCCACUUUGUCUGCGUUCAACGUUGGUCGCGAAACUUUUAAUAUUGGAUCAGAUGGACAGACGACCGUUCUCCACAUAUCGUCCCUUCAGGGACUCACUCCUAAGGAUGGUGACCGCUACCACUCAACACUCUCUGACGUCAGAACUUUCAUCGGUGAUCUGCUCCGCAAUAGCGGAUCAAUCUCGUCCACGAUAGUCCUCAUGCCUUUUACCCCACAGAACUCCAAGCGCAGCGUCAAUUCUCUCUACGGCUCUUAUAAUAAGCCCCCCUCCGCUCGCCAGCAACAACCCGAAGAACCACUCUCCUCCCCAUCCACCGCCUCCUCUCCCUCCUCCCCCGAGGUUGUGCCUCUCCAGGCAUCCACCUCCCCACUUCCUCACGGCAUCCUCCCAAUCUGCCACCCAACUCUUCAAUCCUGCAUCGCCACGACCAACAACUGCUCUGGCCAUGGCACCGCUUACAAGAAGUCCGGCGGCGCUAUCGAUUGUUUUGCCUGCAAAUGUUCCAAGACGGUACUCACAGAUGACGAGGGAAGGGUGAAGACUGUGUACUGGGGUGGGCCCGCUUGCCAAAAGAAGGAUAUCAGUGUACCAUUCUUCCUGUUGGCUGGACUCUCGAUUGCUCUUGUUGGUGUGGUGACCUGGGGUAUUGGGUUGAUGGCCAGCAUUGGCCAAGAGGAGCUACCAAGUGUGAUAGGAGCUGGUGUGGCAGGACCUAGGGCACAGAAAUAG